AUGGUCUGGUGCGGUUGUCUGGAGGGAGACAAGUUUAAAGAGAUCAGGUUAACUGAGGGCUGUGAAGGGAAUGUGGAGGUUUUCUACAAUGGAUCCUGGGGUAAUAUGUGCUGGAACCAGAUGGACGGAGACACAGCGAGUCUGAUCUGUCAGGAGCUGAACUGUGGAAGAUCUGGGGUUUUGUCUGAUUCUACAGCAAGAGUGAAAUCAGCUCGUAACUGGCUGGAUAAAGUUACAUGUCGCCCACAUGAUUCAUAUCUGUGGCAGUGUCCAUCUUUACCCUGGGGACAGAAUGACUGUAAUAAUAAGGAUGAAGUUGCCAAAAUCACCUGCUCAAGCUUAAAUGAUACGGAGGUUUUUCACAGCGGCUCAUGGGGGACAGUGUGUGACGACUCCUGGGAUAUUAAAGAUGCUCAUGUGGUGUGCAGACAGCUGCAGUGUGGAGUGGCCCUCAGUAACCAGCAGGUACCAGCCUGGUUUGGUCCUGGUUCUGGACCCAUAUGGCUGGAUGAGGUGGAGUGUGAGGGGAAUGAGACGUCCCUGUGGAGCUGCUCUUCUCCAGGCUGGGGAAAACAUGACUGUCAACACAAGGAGGAUGUAGGAGUCGUGUGCUCAGAGUUUAAGGAGAUCAGGUUAACUGAGGGCUGUGAAGGGAAUGUGGAGGUUUUCUAUAAUGGAUCCUGGGGUAAUAUGUGCUGGAACCAGAUGGACGGAGACACAGCGAGUCUGAUCUGUCAAGAGCUGAACUGUGGAAGAUCUGGGGUUUUGUCUGAUUCUACAGCAAGAGUGAAAUCAGCUCGUAACUGGCUGGAUAAAGUUACAUGUCGCCCACAUGAUUCAUAUCUGUGGCAGUGUCCAUCUUUACCCUGGGGACAGAAUGACUGUAAUAAUAAGGAUGAAGUGGCCAAAAUCACCUGCUCAAAGGAGGAGAAUCAGGAGUCUCCUCGGAGUCAUCUGACAUGUUUUAUCUCACCAUCUCCUCACCAGAGACAGUGUUCAGAUCAUGUUCCUCUCAGACUGAGUGGACGGGAGGGACGGUGCUCUGGGAGGCUGGAGGUGUAUCAUAACGCUGCGUGGGGCUCAGUCUGUGAUGAUCAGUGGGACAUCAGCGAUGCUCAGGUGGUCUGCAGGCAGCUGGGUUGUGGAGCAGCACUGAGGGCUGAUGGGAAUUCAGUCUUUGGUGCUGGUGAAGGUGUUGUGUGGCUGAACAGAGUCGAGUGCAGAGGGAAUGAGAUUCACCUGUGGGACUGUCCUCUCUCCCUGAAUAACCACAUUGACUGCUCACGCAAGAAGCUUGUUACACUCAACUGUGAAGAUUUAUCAGUGUCCACUACUCCUGCCACAACAUCAUCAGCUUCUUCUCCAGUUUCUCCUCCAGUGCGCUCAACAUCAGUCGCUCCUCCACAAACUCCCCCAGCAGCGUCUCUCUCCGUCCCCCCAGUGCUUGUGAUUGUACUGGGAGUUGUGCUCUUACUGCUCUUAGUGCCACUGCUUAUACUGAUUCAGCAGAACAGAGUGAUGAGGAGAGCUCUCUCUAAGAGGAGACACAGGACGAUGACUGAGGCCGUUUAUGAGGAGAUUUAUUAUGAUGAUGUGGAGGAGGAGUCAAACAAAGAAGAUUUUUCCCAAUGA